ACGAAAUGGCGGUAAAUGCGAAUGAAGCUCUGAUGCACGCUGCUGUCCACGACUCACUAGAAGGCGCUGAGGCAGCAUUGAAGGCUGGUGCAGACGUUGACUUCAAACAUGCGAUAGAAGAUAUCUCUGGCACAGCAUUGUACAUCGCUUCCAUGGCUGGACACGUCAACAUAGUGAGGCUGCUGCUCCGCAAGGGGGCGUCUGUGGCGGAAAGAACGGGUUCAUUUGCCCCCCUCCAUGCAGCAGCGAUGAAAGGGUGGACAGAAGUGGUGGUAUUGCUGGUGCAGCAUGGUGCAACAGUAGAUGUACGGGACGGCUUCCAGUGCACACCACUGAUGUAUGCUUGUGGCUACAAGCAUGUCGACACCGUUCGGCGACUGAUCGAGUUUGGAGCAAGGCCUGACCCUCUCGACGGCUUUAUAGCCAAUAG